AUUCUUUUCUAAAUUAUCUCAACAAUUAUUCAUCUAAAUAGCUCAAUUUGGCCAGUAAUGUCCAUUUUCCGUAGCAAGGACGUAAACGGCAGAGCAUCUAAUGUGAGCAGCAGGUCUUUCUGAGAAUUUGGUAGGUGAAAUUCGUCGCUAUAAAUUGGUGAAGAGUGGCAGAGCCCUGUUGCAGCAGUAAUAACAAGCGUGAAUCUUAUCCGAAAUCCCACCUUCCUGCAAAUCCGUAUUUCAGACCUGAGUCCCAGCAGAAUAGUUUGCAUUCCUCAGAAGACAGUAAGAACUAAGAGAAUUGCAAAGACCUGCUAUAUUGUAGAUGAAAACAGAAUGUUAUUACGUUGUCUAUAUAUACCCUGUAGAACCGAAUUUGUGUGAUAUUCAUAUAGUCACAGAUUCGAUUCUAGGGGAAUAUAUGGUCGAUGCAAAAACUUCACCUUUCUGCAAAUGGUUAGUAGUUUAUAAACUGGCGGAUUCAAAAGACAUGUGCGUGCUGAACACUCAGAAAUUAUAAUUUACUGCCUCGCUCCUAUUUGCCAGGUUUUAGGACGUCUCUUAAAAUUUCAGUUGUCGUUCAGUUGUAACUGUCACUGACAGACUGUGAAUUUAAACAGUUAAUCUCACCAGAAGUCAUAAUUUUUCUGAAACAAAAUUAUCUACCAAUCAGUGAAUGAAUCUUUAAAAAGAUGCUCGCAAAUUAGCUAGAUAUGCCAGCCAUUAGCCAAAUUUUCCUGUCAAGGGUUCAGAUCGCAUCAAAUUAUUUACGACAGCAGCAAAAGCACCAUUCGCCUCACUGGAAUGUAUUUACUUGUGCUCCAGGAACGAUAUUGACGAAGGAAGACGGAAUUUGUCUCAUUAAACCCGUGAUAUUUCUAACCUAAUUAAAUGCCGUCUCCAGUUCAAUUGAUUGAACUUUAGCGGUUAAAAAUGAACGGUUUCUUGCCAUCUGUAUGAUUUUACACACAUACGUGUGUAGAUUUAUACAUCGACGUGUGCGUUUGCGUCUGUGCGCGCAUACGUAUGCCCACGUAUAUAUUGAGGCUUGCAAAGUGAAUGAGAAGUUACUGAUUGCCUAAUUUUAUUCAGCAGAACUAAAUUCUGGUAACUUUUGGAUGACCUCUGCUAGACAAAGACAGGACAGAUCUAUUGUACAUCAUAUUACCCUCUUCUUUGAUGGCUUUUCUUUCCCUCGCCUCCUUAUCAGUGUCCUCCCUUUUAACCCCACUCCAGCUCCUCGCUCCGUGUAGUUCUUUCGAUAUUUUAUUUAAGGCGAGGUAAGGAGCCCCGGUGGCGAGUGCGGCUGGCAGAUCGGGCGGCGGGGCAGCCUCCCCCGGGGCUGGGGAAGCCAGCUCAGACAAAAGCCUGGCCCUACCUGCGGGCCGGGAGGCGGCCGCCGCCCGAGGAGUUAUCCCUGCACCUCCGGUACCUGCUUUGGGGGGUGCGACCCGCCGGAGAGGGGGGUCACUCGGUUACAGGGAUAUUAUGGAGUGAAAUCGGUGGAAAUGCUGAGCUGCGGAGAAAUCCGGUGAUCGGCUCCCGCCUCCCCAUUGGCCGGGCCGGUCACAUGCCCGCCUAACUUUAUUCAGUUGACAGCGAGUAGGAGGGCUCUAUGGCAGGGGGAAAAAAGACAACACGAGAAAAAUUAGUAUUUUCUACCUUCAGAAAUUAAUGGCCAUGAGUUCGUAUAUGGUGAACUCUAAGUACGUGGAUCCCAAAUUUCCUCCUUGCGAGGAAUAUUUGCAGAAUAACUACCUAGGCGAGCAGGGGGCCGAGUACUACAGUGCCUCGCAGGGCUCUGAUUUCCAGCACCAGGGACUCUACCCACGGUCAAACUACGGCGAGCAGCCCUUUAGCUGUAGCAAUGCCCAAGGCUCUGCCGUGCAGCCGCGGGGUCACGGACAGGAGCAAUCCGGCCCAGCGAGCCACUUCCCCGGCCAAGCAGAGCAUUGUCCACCGCCUCCAAUGUCCAACUCGCGAGCCUGCAGCCAGCAGCCGGCCCUCAAAGCCCCAAACGGGUCAGCAGUUAAGCAGCCAGCAGUAGUUUAUCCCUGGAUGAAGAAAGUCCAUGUUAACUCGGUGAAUCCCAAUUACAACGGAGGGGAACCUAAACGCUCCCGCACAGCUUACACCAGACAGCAAGUCCUAGAACUGGAAAAAGAAUUUCAUUUUAACAGGUACCUGACCAGGCGCCGCCGUAUCGAGAUAGCCCACACUUUGUGUCUCUCUGAGCGCCAGAUCAAGAUCUGGUUUCAGAACAGAAGAAUGAAGUGGAAAAAAGAUCACAAACUGCCCAACACGAAGGGCAGGUCUUCUUCCUCUGGUUCAAACCCCCAUUUACAGACUGGUUCCAAGGACCAUCAGACUGACUUGACAACUUUGUAGAAGAGGUGAAAUUUUCCAUUUCAUCCUUCGCUUCUGACCAGUACUGUACAUAAAGUGACACUGCCCAAGCAGAACCUGCAUGUAGCAGCUAAGGACUCGAGAAACUGUCAUCUUUCUUUAAGGUACUGUUGUACAAAGGAGACAAAAUGACGCUACUUUGGACUUUAUUUUAUUUGCCUCUGCUAGCACAACCUAAAAAAUAAAAGGGAAGAGAAGGAGGGGGAAGGGGGGAAAAAAAAACCAAACCAACCAACAUCAUGCAGGCAGUGGGAAUUGGGAAAAUAUUAAACGAGACCUUCUGUCCAUAAAAAGUAAUAAAUCAUUGAAAAUGAAACUGUCCUGUGUUUCGGUUUUGAAUUCAAAAGUGAAGGUUUGAUGCUUUAUUCUGGGAUUUUUGCUUUUAGUUGUCUUUUUUAUCCCAUGCAGUUUCGAGAGGAUGCAUUUGGGCAAGUUGAGGACAGGAAAUUUAUAGCAUAGUCUUUUAUUUGAACAUAAAGACUAGUAAUUGUGAACUUUUUGUGCUGCUUUACCUUUCUUGGUGUAAUGAAAAUACUUGCUCAUUUCCAUAAUGUCUCAGAAGGUGUGCAUAGGAGUUAAGUGAAAACGGGUUAUUUUGUGUACUGGUAGUAUUAGCGUUAUUUAUUUAUUUGUUAUGUAGAAGAGUGAAGAUAAAAACAAAAAUUGUCAAACCAAAAAUGAGGAAGGGGAGUUGAAAUACAGUAUUUCUCCUUCCCAGUCUCUUGAACACAUAUAUAAUAUUUACUUGCCUCGAACGUACACAACUUUCUUGUCCCCCUUUUUCCCCCCAAAUUUUCUUCUUUGUGAAUAGGAGAAGCGUCCCUGCUCCUUACCAUGUGCCAUACAGGGCUAACAGGCUUGAAAUAUGUUUCCAAAAUCUGCUUCCAAUAUCUGCCCUUCUCAGUGCUGUGCUGUAAACCACUGAUACCUCAUGUAUUAAUGGAGAAAACAAAACAAAAAGACGAAAAAAAAAAGAAGAGAAAACCCAACCCCCGACCUCCCCGACAACAAAAAACUAGGAAGAAAACCUCAGAGUGAGAAAUUGUUGAGAUUUCUUAUAUAACCUGAGACUUUCAAAGCUGAAGGCUGAAUGCAUUGUUUCUAUCAGAUUUUAGAUUCCUUUUCUGCCCAAGAGAGAGACAGGCUAUGUGGGUUGCUGCUUUGUCUUCUUUCGGGGUUAUUUUGGUGUGUUGGGGUUAUUGGUUUUGGGUUUUUUUUUUUUGGAUUUUUUUAUUAUUAUUUAUUUUUGGAGUGGGUUUUUUUUGUGUGUUUUGUUUUUAGAAGAACAGUGAUUGCUUUUAAACAAACCAUGAGACAUGACUGCAAUGGUUAGAAAUCUCAGCAAGUUGCUUUCAAGGAAAUAGGAAAGGCUUGGAUGGGAGCAGAGCUGGUCUAAAACACACGGAUUUGUCCCUGGCUACUGGCUGCAUGGUGCCAAAGUUUUAGUGCGUUGUAAAUACCAAACUCAGCCAAGCCAGCUCCCUUAGCCACUUACACCUCCACUCGGGCCAUUUUAAAGUUCAGCCCUUGUCUCCUGUACCCUCAGGGCAGGGAGAGGGACCAUAUCAUCCAAAUUGAAACGAGGUGAUCCCUUUAUUAAAGUGAAAAGGGGCAAAGGAGGAAAUCCAGAGCAAAGGCUGAAGGGAGGUGGAAGAGCACGGGGUGAGUUAACGUGCCUAUCUCCAGGCUGGGUUCUUCCCACCGAGGACUCACAGCUUUCUGGGAUGGCUCGGGAAAACCCUGGCCAAAAUGGGGCUUGAAUGAAUUCGAAAAUAAAAGGGAGCUUUUCAACAGUAGUGUAUUCGGCCGCAUUUGCUGCGGCCAGCGGUUAAUUUCUGCCCUUUUCUCAUCCCUAGAAGUCCGCAAAGUGUCUUGUGAGACUUGGUCUUUUGUUUUAGAGGCUGGAGAAAACUCUUUGUUCUUCCUUAGGGUAAGCCCAGUUCUCAGACUUGCACAUGGCAAUACUUGAAUAUCUCCACGUCGUGAUAUUAAAGAUGGAUAUUCCCGCAUUAUUCGCAUCAUUGUUUCUAUGACAAAAAGCACCGAGUUCAUACAUAGUAAAGACGUCUUUUUUCUGACGCCUUCACGUUGAGAAGCUGAAAAGGUAUUUCACUGAAGUUCGGCUAAAUUGCAGGAACAGGUUCACCCAGAGGACAAAUUUUCUAUUCGAUUAGUUGUAUUUCAGCCUGGAAGAGUGACCUCUAAACCCUUAACCUUUUGGACCCAAACUACCCUUCCCUUUCUCUGGCAUGGAGAGCAGCUAGCAGCAGCGCUUGAGGAGGGAAUUCCUGAGGCAAGUUUGCAAGUUUUGUUACACUCGGUUCCUGUGGUAGGGGCCUUUUGCCUCCAGAGGUGUCCAAAGCCCUUCCUUUGCUCUUCGUACUUAUCUAGGGAAAGAAAAAAAGGAAAAA